AUGCUUUUACGACGGUUAUUUUUUACGGUUUCACCUCGACGGUGCCUGUUCACACCACCGAAUCCAUUCGCAUCUUCAUCAGAUCCACGUCGAAAAGAAUACGAGGAGAGACGUUUAGUGGGUUACACAGCUGAAGAGAUGUACGAUGUUGUCGCGAACGUUAAGGAAUAUCCUCAGUUUGUACCGUGGUGUCGGGAUGCAUCAAUUAAGGUGAUUACACCGAAUCUAUUCACCGCGGAUUUGCAGAUUGGCUUUCCACCAAUUUUGGAAACGUAUUCAUCACGAAUCACUACCAACAAGCCGAAUAUUGUUCGAUCUGUUUGUACGGAUGGUCGUUUAUUUAAAUUGCUGGACACAACGUGGGAGUUCCACGAUGUUAGUGCAGCUGUCGCCCGAAGAACGAAUAAACGCUCAUGUCAGUUGCAUUUUGCACUGAUAUUCGAGUUCAAAUCCAUAUUUCACUCGCAUUUAGCGCAUAUUUUCUUCGAUCAAGUUGUGAGUACAAUGGUUGUGGCCUUCUUGCAUCGUGCUGAAGUUAAGUACGGGAAACCGUCGUUGAAUCAUUUUAACAAUGUAAAUAUCAUUAAGAAAGUUAGUUAG